UGAACAAAUAACUCCAAAACAAGUCUUUAUACAUGAUUCCAUAACCUUCCUCCACCUGCUUUUUCCCCCUCUUUCCCCCAUUUUUCCAAUACCUUAUCUUAUUAUAUUUUCUGGCAUCGCGUUGGCUUUCUUUGACAACACACAUCAAACAAUACAAUUCUGAAUAAAAAUCUUUCUGACAUCUUCAUAAACCCCAACAUUUUAGCACAUCCAUAAUCGAAUAAAAUCAAACCAAAUCCAGAAAAAUACAAAAUUACAAAAUCAUGCCAGAAUUGUCUCGCACAAAUUGUCACUCAAAUCCUCAAAAUAACCAGCACAAUAUUACCACCCAGAAACGUCUCUGUGAUUUCUGCAACGAAUCAAUAGCACUUCUGUACUGCAGAGCUGAUUCUGCAAAGCUGUGUUUAUCCUGUGAUCGUGAAGUUCACUCUACAAACCAACUGUUUACCAAACACACCCGUUUUCAGCUCUGUGAUGUCUGUCAUGCUUCUUCAGCACUAAUCCUUUGCGUAACAGAGCAUUCUGUGCUAUGCCACAAUUGUGAUUACGAAGUCCAUAGCCUUCCCAGGAACUCUGACAACCAUGACAGAAGGCCCCUGGAAGGCUUUACUGGGUGCCCCUCGGUUUCCGAGAUUUCGGCCACUCUUGGGUUGGAGGAUAUUGAUGCAAAGUGUACGAUUGUUGAUGACGAUCAGAGUGAGAAUAAUAAGAGUUUUUGUGGGGGUUUGUUUAGUGGGUUGGACCAGGAAAAUGAUGAGUUUACUGAUUUGUUUUGGGAUGCUCCUACUAUGGUUAGUCUUGAUGAGCUCAUUGUUUCUACUGAUAAACAGCAUAAUUUUCAAGCUAUGGUGGUGCCUCCUUUGCCUAAGGACAGGAACUUAUCUUGUGGGCAGCACAAACAUGAGAUGUUUCAUCAGCUCCUUGAACUAGCAAAGUCUGAGCCUGGUAUAGAACAAGAUGCAAAACCGCAAGCUAGGCACCACAUUGUGGGUGAUGUAGAUGAGAAAGACUCCACGCUACAGCUUAAUGAUGAGGAACACCCCACAUUUCAAGUGAAUGAGGCGAGUCCAUAUAUUUGGUGUAAUGACACCGGUGAGGAUGGAAACGAGGUGUUUCUCUCUAUUGAAGAUAGUGUGUUAAAUUCUGCUGGUACACAUUCAGGCAUGUGUAGCAGUGCACAUCUUACCACAGAUGGAUGGAAUUCACAGUAUCCCGUCAGAAAUGAAUCAUUGGGGCUUCCUCCAAAUGUCUCUACACGUGAAAUUAAUAGUGCAGAUAGGGAUUCUGCAAUAUCCCGGUACAAAGAAAAGAAGAGGACUAGGAGGUUUGAGAAGCAUAUCCGAUAUGAAUCAAGGAAGCUUCAAGCAGAUAACAGGAGAAGAAUCAAAGGUCGCUUUGCUAAGGUAGAUAAUCAAAAGAAAAAGGCAUGACAAGUGUCGUGUGUGUGUGUGAAAGCAGCUCCAGGGCAAAGUACCUCGAGUCAUUUUGCUUAAGAGUACUAAUUGUUGCGCAAAGCUGCGCUAGCCUGUAAAUGUUCAUGAAUCAUGAGUUAGAGGUCGUAAACUAAUAUAAGACGCUGCAUAGUCUUGUAUGUUUUUUUUUUUUUUAGUCGAUCAUUUGCUAAGUUGAAGGUAUGUUAAAACUUGGUUUGCAUUGUGAAACUUGUUAUUUUCAGCUGUCCCUCCCCUUAUAUUUGGUGCGAUAAAAAUAAAUAAAUGAGAAAUGGAUAAGAUUCGAACGCUUUAUCUCUA